UUGAAUUGACCUAGUCGGGAGAGAAGUAUGACAGGGUUCCUGGAUGAUUUGGAAUUGCAACUUUCCAAAGAAAUGGUUUCACAUAGGUUUUUAAAUUUUCUAUCCCUUUCGAACUUCUGUUACGUUUGAAUAGCGACAAAGAAUUAGACUGCCAGGUUUUUUCCGUAUCUGUUAAAGUCAUUCUUACUGACCUAAGUCUCGUUCCCAUCCCCCACCAACACUGUUGUUUUUCCAUGCGUGAAAAGUGUUGAAUUCUGGGAUCUUGCCAGCAAUUAAUUAUAUUCUAAAAAUGGGGGAAAGAGGUGCUUUGGGGAUGCAAAGCCCAUCUUUCAAAUAAUGGCUCCUCCAGGUAGCCCCAGGGUAGCUUGCCAUAUACAGAAUAGUCUGGCGGCUGUUUAAACACUUUAAAAAUAUUUAGGGUGUGGGCUUUGUGUUGGAGCUAAGUUAAAAACAGUGGCUGGUUUUGUGAAAGGGGAAAGCUAGCUGUAGUUGAUGCUGAAUUUUGAAGGGAUGGAUACUAAAAAUGUUACUGGUGAAAUGUAACAGCUUUGGAGAGAUCCUUUUUGAAGUUAACACCGUUAGUUCCUAAAGAGAAUGUAUUGUGGGUGAAAUAGAUAACGGAAAAACAAACCCUCCUUUACUUUGUCAAUUGUACUAAAACAAUUGUUUUCAGAGCAUAGGUCGAGGGGCAGGGCCUCUGUAUUGCCGUUGCUUAAAACAACUACAGAAUAAGUUUUUAGCAAUAAUAGUUUUAUUUUCAUUGUUUGGAAGAAAAUUUAAGCAUUACCUAACUUGAAGGUGUUCAUCCUGUUGAAGCAUAUUCUGCUGAAGGACAAUUGAUGCACUUUCAGCGGUUCCUUAAAAUCAUUGCCAGUUGAAAGAACCAUCCUGAGAGUCAGCGAAACCCUACCAUUAAUCAGAGCAGACUGGAAAGUCUUCCAUAUUCUGUAACAGAACCUGAGCUUUUUUGGCUUUCACCCCCACCAGUGACCAAAGACUUGACCACUCAAAGUCCAGCUCCCCAGAACACUGCUCAACAUGGACACCGGUGUGAUUGAAGGUGGAUUAAAUGUCACUCUCACCAUCCGGCUACUUAUGCAUGGAAAGGAAGUUGGCAGUAUCAUCGGAAAGAAAGGAGAAUCAGUUAAGAAGAUGCGAGAAGAGAGUGGUGCACGUAUCAACAUCUCAGAAGGAAAUUGUCCUGAGAGAAUUAUCACUUUGGCUGGACCCACUAAUGCCAUCUUCAAAGCCUUUGCUAUGAUCAUUGACAAACUGGAAGAGGAUAUUAGCAGCUCUAUGACCAAUAGCACAGCUGCCAGUAGACCCCCAGUCACCCUGAGGCUGGUGGUCCCUGCUAGUCAGUGUGGCUCUCUCAUUGGAAAAGGUGGUUGCAAGAUCAAGGAAAUAAGAGAGAGUACAGGGGCUCAGGUCCAGGUGGCAGGGGAUAUGCUCCCCAAUUCAACUGAGCGGGCCAUCACUAUUGCUGGCAUUCCGCAAUCCAUCAUUGAGUGUGUGAAACAGAUCUGCGUGGUCAUGUUGGAGACUCUCUCCCAGUCCCCUCCGAAGGGCGUGACCAUCCCGUACCGGCCCAAGCCGUCCAGUUCCCCGGUCAUCUUUGCAGGUGGUCAGGACAGGUACAGCACAGGCAGCGACAGUGCGAGCUUUCCCCACACCACCCCGUCCAUGUGCCUCAACCCUGACCUGGAGGGACCACCUCUAGAGGCCUAUACCAUUCAAGGACAGUAUGCCAUUCCACAGCCAGAUUUGACCAAGCUGCACCAGUUGGCAAUGCAACAGUCUCAUUUCCCCAUGACGCAUGGCAACACCGGAUUCAGUGGCAUUGAAUCCAGCUCUCCAGAGGUGAAAGGCUAUUGGGCAGGUUUGGAUGCAUCUGCUCAGACUACUUCUCAUGAACUCACCAUUCCAAACGAUUUGAUUGGCUGCAUAAUCGGGCGUCAAGGCGCCAAAAUCAAUGAGAUCCGUCAGAUGUCUGGGGCGCAGAUCAAAAUUGCGAACCCAGUGGAAGGAUCUACUGAUAGGCAGGUUACCAUCACUGGAUCUGCUGCCAGCAUUAGCCUGGCUCAAUAUCUAAUCAAUGUCAGUUUAGAAAACGCUAAACCCUCCUCCCAGGCAGCCUCCGUCACGAUCCCUGAUCACCUCAGCAUCAACCUCUCUCAACCCUCCACCCCUUCUUCUUCUUCUUCCUCCUCCACCACCACCCCCUCGCUCGCCACAGCGGGGACCUCCGACGCACCCUCCAGCCUCCCCAACCCUCUUCCGACCGCCCCUUGUGUCUCCAGUCUGCUUGGCAUGAAACCCAUCCCUCUCCUGGCUCUAAAUGUUGUGUCUGCUGCUAAGGGUACCGGGGCUUCAGCUGCCACCACCACCACCUCUGCCGUGCCAUGUGUAACUAACAAACUGAAAGGCGAGAAACAAAGAUUCUCUCCCUACUGAUUGCGUAUCUUGAGGCACUCACUCAAGUAUUUCUUGGUUCAUUUUGUUUUCCUUUGUUAACAUUGGUGAGAACCAACAAUUGUGAGCUUGUGACCAUUUCCUUUUUACUAUUUUGGGGGAUAACAGGGUGGGGGUGGGGUCAAUGGUAAACCCGUGUUUAGGUUUAGGCCAUUUCAGCAGAGUGCCUGUUCAGAGUCUGGCCUGUUGAAUUCUUUAUCUAGAGCCGCAGUUCUUGCUCUUCUUCCUCGUUGUUACUUUUUUGUAGCUUUAUUCUGCCUUGCAAUAUAAAAAUGUGUUAGGCGCUGUGUUAAUGAAUAAAAGCUUCUUCGUUAACUUUUUCUUAAUUAUUUAAUGGUUAUCAGCAGGCCUUCUUGGCCAGAUUUGUGUUUCUAGCUGUAAUAAAGUUGCCACAGUAAGAACCUUAGUUGACUGUGUGCUGUGGAGGGUGAAAGGGUGGGAACUUGUGAUUUGUGGCUGUUCGACUAGGAAGUCUGUAAAACUGACGCGGGCGUUUUUGUACCGAUUAAUUUUGUUGUCCUUGGUCAUUAUUCCCCACAAAGGGAGAUGGGCCUCUGGCCUGCUAAAUUCUGACUGAGGGGUGUGCGGAAUCGGCAAGAAGCUUCUUUAGUGUGAACAACAGUUUCUGAUUUCUCAGAUCCCUUACCUUGUCCGCAGCCGCAGGGAACAAGGCUCUCCAUCCGAGGCUUGUUUCCUCUGGAGAGUGGUUGCUCUGAAGAUCUUUUAAUAGGGCGUGCACACACAGAAAUUACUUCUUUCCCAAACUGGAGGAGUGAGGUGGGAAAGUCUAAUAAAGUUUUCUAGCUUCUGUCUGCGUUCCUCUGCAUUAGCAUGCCCUCUCUCUGGGACACUGCGCAAUCUGUGACACCCAAGUGUGACAAAGAAUUCUGUCCAUCCCAUACUGACCCAUAUAACUUGACCGAGUAAGUCCCUUGACCUUUCUGGGCCCUGCCAUUCUGUCCUCACCCACCCUGUCAUGGGAAGAGCAUUUUAAACUUGGAUUUGGAAGGAAACCUUUAUAAUAAACUAAAUCGUAAAGCCACUCAUUCAUUAGUUUUAGUUUAAAAAGAACUUCAAUUUGCAGAUCACAUGAAUGACUAGUCAGGACUGACAAGUUGUGCUUUAGUUAUGCUCAAGUGUACUUAAUAGCCCCGAACUCUUACUCCUUUUUCCUUAGCUCAAGAUCUCUCAGUUCUCUCUCCACAAGAGUAAAAAUGCUUUAGCUGUAAUGACAGAAGGCUGCUGGGAGUGUUUUAGUUAGGCGGAGUGCAUAGUACCAGAUUAAUGAAAGUGUAGUGUUCUCACUAGGCCAUUGGGGAACAAGUGUAGAGUCUUUUUUUUUCUUGAUAACCUUUUCCCAUAUCCCUUUGGGGUUUUUGUGUGUGUGGAUGUGCACGCAUGCAUGCACGCACGUACACGCACAUGUUAAUUGCUCAUGAGUAUUGAAGUAUAUAUUAUCAUGAUGUUGUGGCCCUUAAUCCCAGACUGGGCCUAUGAAUUAGUGUUACUGUCUCAAGUCUGACUGAAUGGCUAGAGGGGCCACUUGUCAUUGUCCACAUGGGAUUUUUCCUGUUAGUUGCUCCUUUAUCAUGUUAUGUGGUCCAGUCUCCUUUUUAGUAAACUUUCUGUAUAGUUAGGACUUACUUAGUCUUGCGGAUAACUAUCUCCCCCCGUCCCUCCCCAGCGACCUGGUUUUUAUUUUAUCUAGUUCUUAAUUUGAAGCUUUCUUAACCUAAUGAGUACUUCCUAAAGGAUUGCUGGGAAGGAAUCCAGAUAUUUAAGGGGCCCGACUGCCACCAGCAGCUCUAAAGAUAUCGGUUAGAUUUUUAAGAGCUUAUAGCUCCCCCGUGUGGUCCUUCUGUCCUAUUGUCCUUAAUAAAAUAUUUUUGGUUGGGUUUUCCCUUCUUGCCCCUUCUGCCCUCUUACCCCACCAUCAGUCCCUACGUGGGUUCUAUAAAUUCUGGACAGUUCUUUUUGAUACCGCAGUGCUACCAGACCUCCUUACAUAAACUUUUUAUAUUUUAAGGCCCUAGCUCUACGCUGUUUCUGCCAGCGCCAUGAAUGUUCAGUUCCCACUGAAUUCUUCCAUUCAGGGCCCAUUGUUUAUGUUGCCCUCUAUCAGUCUCGAUUUUGAAGUUAACAAGAUUCUGCACUAUUUAAGAACUUCCUCUUCUGGGGUGAAAAAAACAAACAAACAAAAAACAUUGCACUUGAAAGUCACUGGUUGGAGGACUCAUUUUCCUGACCAUAGUGCCCCCUCCCGUUUUCUGGCUUUGCAUUGAAAUUGAAACGGUAUCAUUCAUGCUCUUGGCUUAAAAACAACAGAUUAUGUCCGUGAACUACGAACGUGUUUAUGAAAUAACUUGAAACUGAGUCUUCUACAUUUAUUUCUGUUCAAAAUGGAGACUGUCUUAUGGAUAGCUCUUCUCAGUGAAGCGGGCUGAAUGCUUAAAAUACCUUUCCUUCAAAGCCCCAAAUAGAUUCUAGAACCUCAAACGCUCUGUUAUCUAUUAUAGUCAGGUAUGUUGGAGGGAGGGGUUGGAUUAAUAAUAGAUACCAGAGAUAGGGGGUUUUAGUCUUAAAAACUAGGGUGAGUGAAAUUCUUGAGUAUAGUUUUUAUAAUUGUUAGAGCAGUGAUUUUUAAACAUCCCUUAGCAUUUAAAAACGAUUGUCUC